CAGAUAAUAAAACACAUGUAGAUAUGAAAAUGUGAGAAUAUGAUUAUUAAGGCUAUGCUGUAUCCUACCCAAAUCAUGACCAAAACCCUUAUAAAAAUCAACAACUCUAAACUCAAGACCAGAAACCAAGCUUCACUCCAGAAGGGGCGAAAAAAAGAACACCUACUCACCAUCAUCAAGAUACUCAACUAUUCUCUCUUCGCAGCACCAGCCGCACUUGCGGCCUUGAUAUCCAUCCCCAUUAACCACGGAAGAACAAGCGCCAUUUCAACACUGGCUCACUCAAGACUUUUGCACCAGACACUUGGACCAGCAGCCUGUCGAGAAUUUCACGUGGCAUGACGCGCAGGUUUGGCAUUUGGCGCGCGUCACAAGUGGGUUCGUGGAAGAGCAUGUAGAGCAGGAUUUGCUUGCAUUUGAAGCGCUAGAUUUUGAAAACUUGUUGGAAGACAUGGUUGCAUGAAUGGAAAAGUUAAAAAUGGAUAAGU